GUUGUCUUAAUCGUUUCUCGUUUUUGAAUUUCGCACACAUUCCGAUGUUUAUUGGCGUGCACUAAGGAAACUAAGUGGGAUUUCACAAGAGAUUUUAGACGGAGUAGAAACAUUUGUGUUUAAUUUUAAAAUAAAUUCGGAAAUAAAUAAUUUUACAAUGGAAACAGUUACGGAUUCAGGAGGACGAGUGACGCGUGGCUUGAGGAAGCGUGUUACAUCGAUUGAUAGCGAUAACAACUCCAGCAGGCCUGGAACGCCAGUACAAAGCAAAAUAGCGGCAAAUACAAAGAUGUCCACCGAUUCGCCCUUGAAACCACGUAUGACACGCCGAAAUUCAACAUCGGGUGUUGCAACUCCGGUUAAAACGCCAGCAAAGCGUGCCGCUGCUAUUGCUACAAUAACUGAAACAGAUGUUAAAACCGCCACAGCUUCACCAGCCAGACGUACAACUCGACGCCGCAGCACGUCAUCUGUUGAAAAUGAUGGGCCCACGCAACCGCCGGGUUCAAAAGCUCCAAACUUUGAUACCUUACUUGAGGAACAGGAAACCACAAGGGUAACAAGAUCGAAAUCUAAAUCUCCACAACAGAUAAAAACUGAGCCAGGUACCAAAAACACAACCAAGUCCGCUGGGUCAAGGAAAUCUUUGAGGGGGUUAUCGGUGGCAAAAGUUGAAAAUGAAAUUGUGCAAGAAAAGAUUGGAGCUACUCAAAAUAAAAUAUCACCACAAAAAAUGUUAAGGGUUUCCAUAAGUAGAGAUAAGUCGCUGACAAAGAAAAUCAAUGAUAUGGAACAACAGGAAAAUAUUGAUCCAUUAAGUGAUAAACAAGAUAAAUCCAAUAUUGCCAAAGAGGAUCAACCUGAGAAGCAGCUAGAACAGAGUACUUCAUCCGGAGACAAAGAUAAAGAGAUUGUAACCGAAAAAGAUGCUCAAAAUAUUGAAGAGCAGAAACAGCAAAAGGAGCAGAGCGAUGCUACAACUCAAUUGGAGGAACCACAAAUGGAAGUCACAGAAAAAGAAGAAACCCCAAUGCAAGUAGAAAAUAAAGCAGACCAACCAAAUGAUCUACAGAACGAAGAAGAAUUGAACAAGACAGUAGAAAUGGGACAAGAAAAGGAUGUACAAAAUGAAGAGAAUCCUAAAAAUACAAAUGAACUGCUAGAAUCGAAAGAACAAACCGCAGAAAAGCCAAGUGAAGCAGUUUUUACUCCUUCAGACCAAAAUGAAGAAAAAGUUGAUGGAGAUCCAGAAAAUAGUACUGCGGCAGAGACAAUUAACGAGCAAUCCUCUGCCCACAAAACUUUGGAUCAAUCGUGCAAUGUUUUACCUAUGGAUGAAGACGAUGACCAAUCACUAAUAGUACCCGAAACUCAAGAGGCUACAACUGAACUGGAAACUAUAAGCAAUUCCAAGGAAACUAAUGAUGAUAUUGCAAACAAUGUUGUUGAUCUUAAGCCUAAGGUUAGCGAUUCUAAUCCAGAUGAAAUGCACAGCAAUAUUGAGGAAACUUCCAACAAUGUUUCAGUUAAAGAUGAAAUUCUGGAUGAACAUGUUCCAUCGACGAAUGAAGUUCAAGCCGAGCCAAAUGAAAAUGAGCCAAUGGACAAGGAUGAUGAUGAUGAAGAACCAGAAACCGAAGAAAUGUGCAAAACUCCUUCGCCCAAGAAAAACAAAUCCUUGUCUAAGGUACAAAUUGCAACACCCAUGCAGAGCUCAACUAAGACAAGAUCGGUUGCAUUUAAUUCGGUUGCCUCAGACGAUGAAUGUGAAAAAAGUAUUUUUCCCAAGACACCAGGCAGUGCUAAAAGUAAAAGUUUUAUCGAAAUGGAUAGUUCUUUCAAAGGUGGUGAUGGGGAUGAUUCUGUUGUAAGCGUAGAUGACGCCAGUGAUGAGGAAAUUCCAGAAACUCAACAACAAGUAGAAAAAAUCCAUUCGUCUUUCGCUAAGAAGACUUCCUUUGUAGAGCCUAAAGAUGAAAUGGAAACGGAAGACAUAACCAUGGAAGAUGAUGAAAAACCAGAGGAUGAAAAACAGAAAAAUGAAGAAACCGAAAAUUCAGAAAAUAAAUUAGAAGAAGAUGAGGUUUCAAAAUCAAACUCAAAUCUCAAAUCAUCUCUUAACUCUUCCAUCAGAAGAAAUGAAUCAGUCGAAGAUGAUUCUUCCAAAUUAAACACAAGCACACGAAAAUCCGAUUCAGGUGCUAAGAAAUCUCUCAAUUCUUCCACCAGAAAUGAAGAUAAAGAAACCAGUUUAAAAUGGUGCAACCCAAGCGUUACCAACAAAAACGACGGAAACGCAAAGCUUGACACCAUAGCCUCUGAAAGAAAACCAGUAUCAGAAGCAACCGUAGUAACCAAGGAAAAGUCUGCAAAGAAAAAGCAAAAAUUCCUAAAACGUGCCGAAUGGAAUUCCGAUGAUGAAGAUGCUGCAGACGAUGAUGAUGAAGCAGACGAAGACGAAGCAUUAUUAGAUGAUGAUGAAGAUGUCGAAGCCCCAUAUCGACGCAAACACUCCUUCCAUGAUGAUCAAGCCAUGGUUGCUGAUGAUUAUGAAAGUGGCGAUUCGAUGGAUUCAGAGGAAAGGCGUGAAAUGCUGGAAAAUGAAAUACCUGUUGAUGGGGAAUCCAUAGGCAGUCACACCACAGAUGAAGAAGAUAAUGAUGGAGAUGAGGAGGAAAGUGAAAAUGAUUCAUUUAUUGUUUCCGAUGAUGAGCUGGAAGAUGGUGGUCUCCAUGAAGAAGAGGAAGAAAAUACGGACAGUGAUGAUGAAGAAGAGGAAGACGAUGCAAAUGAACUUGAACAUAGCAAGGAUAGCAAAAAGAAGAAAUCCUAUAAACGUAUUCAACGUCCUCAAGAUGAUGAUUCUUCUUCUUCGGAGGAGGAGCCCGAACCAGAUUUGGACAAAGAGAAUUCUGUUGAUUACAAAGUCAAUGAAAAAGACAUUGAAAAUAAUUCUCUAAAUAACUCCAAAUUAAGCGAUUCUGCUUUACGUUUGCAAUGCAAUGGAGAUGAGAAUCAGUCUUCAUCAACUGACCAGGAUACCAAUAAGUCGCGUAAAGAAAUUUUACGUAAACUCAAUCAGUCGGACCGUUUUAAUAAAUCGGUAAGGGAUCUAGACCCGGAUGUUGAUGCCUCGCCUGAAGUUGAUAAAAAUGUCGAAGAGAAACAGCAAGAGUCUUCGGCAGAUGGAGAAGAAGAGGAAAAUGAGUUGCCUAACAAAAAGAAACAAAAUGAUGAAGCAGAAAGCGAAGGGGAGGAACAUACCAACAGCAAAAAUUCAAGUAUUCUUGUAAUGCGUGUUAACUCUUCAGAAGAAGAUGCGGAAAAUGAGGAAGAGGAAACCAAUGCUGAUGAUGAUGAUGACGAAGAGGAUGAAGAAAUGGCCGAUGAAGGCGACAAUGAUGAUUCGGAUAUGGAAAAUGAGGCCAAAGAAAAUGAAAGUGAACGAAAGUCAACGGCGGCAAAUAAAGUUAAGCAUCACAACCGGGGCUUAAGUGUUUCCUUUGGCCACUUUAAGUCACAAAAGAAAGACUCUUUACAGAAAAGAGUUCUACAACGUUCAUUUACCAUAGGUGUACGAAUUAGUGGUGGCGAAGUGGACACCGCUGUUAUUGAGGCCAAACCCUGUUCUGAGGAGUCGAAUGCUUCAGCCAAUCCCUCUUCCUCAUCUUCGGCCAAUGAUGAAGAAACCGAUGAUACCACUGGUGUGUUGAGCACCGAAGACAUACGUUAUUUGGAAAAUUAUAAACCCAUGCCCUUGGGCAAUCCCUUAGUUCGCACCAAACGGCAAUCUCUGGCCUUACCCACCAAUCCUGACAUAGAACUUUGUAACUCUUCUCUUGGCAUUGCGAUGCCCGCCAAAAAACCCAAACGUAAAAGUUUGGCUGUUCUCUCGGGAAAUGAAUUCAAUCCAUCGCAGUCGUUUGUUCACAGUUUGGAAUUACGUAAAGCUGAAUAUGAUGGUCAGUCGACUAAAAGAAAGCGUCUAUCAAAGAGUUUUUGUGCUACCUCUGAAGGCCUCGAUGCUAGCAUAAUUGAUUUGGAUGCGAGACAUCUACAUAAAAGAUCUAAACUAUCGCUUGAUGGCAGUCUUGUAGAUUCACUUGAAAACCUAAGCAGUUCUAAGGCAAACAGUAGCUCUAAAGUUAAACAUAGUUCAACUCCCCACGAGAAGGCUAACGUUGCGGAGAAAAGUGAUAAUAGCAUUCGUCGUAUAUUGAAUCGUUGUGAUGAGAUUUUGGAAGCAGCCAAUCGUGCCAAACUCGAAGCUAAGCUGAAUUACAAAAAGAGUAAGGUUAAGAUGCCCAAAAAGAAUAAGAAAAAAGCCAUACAACGACUUUCAUCAUCGCCAGAAUCUAAGCAGAAGGAACGUAUAUUUGCUCCAUUGAGUAAGGAUUUUAAAAGAAAAGAUAAGGUCAAAAGGGCCAGUGCGGUAAAACGAGCUUUGAGAGCCUCGGCUAAUAUAAUAAUUGGUAAACCAAUAAAAAUUAUUGAAGAAGAUGACAGCCAAGAGGAAAAUAAUAACAUUAAUAUUAUGCACAAUAAUGAUAAGGCCGAAAGUAUUAAAAGCAAAGCAAAGAAAUCGAAGAAAACUCCUCUUGAUGAACAUUGCCGACCAUUGCGAAAUUAUGCAACUGCAGCUGGUAAAGUCAUUGAAACAUUGCGAACACCCGAAAAGAAAAAGAAACCAAAAGAAGUUAUACAUUUGCCAACCGGCAAGGUUUGUGUUGAACCCAUAACACCAACUAAGCGGACCAUCCUUACAUGUAAUGGCAUGGAAUUCCAUGAAAGUCCCGCCACUCCAUAUGGUUUUAAUAUACAAUUUUCAGCUCUUGAUACACCACAAUUUCCUGUGGCGAUGAAAGAUCGCAAGCGUAAACGGAAUAUUGAAGAAGCCAAAAAGAAAACAUUCCCCAAACCACAGUGGACCCAGUCGGGAAUGUUUGUUGAAGAGGAAAUACCCGGCACAAGGGCUUCCCAAUUGACUCGUGCUAUUAAAAAACAACAGAAUAUGCCCCACUGCAGUGGUUAUAACUUUAAACAGAACGCUCUAUUCCGUGCCGAUAUUAAACGCAGUACAACACGUGAAAUGUUACAGCUACGAGAGCGCCGACCACUUCAUAGUAAUUAUUAAAAGAUAGCGAUGUUUGAUAGGGACGUUUAUUUUCUAUUUGAUGCCAUAUUCCUACGAAAUUUAUACUCGUUGUUUGUAUUGAAAUUGCAUAUUUGUGUUAAAAUUCGUUGUUUAUACUCCUUUUUUCUAAUUUUAUAUACAUGUGCGCUUUUGUGUGUUUUUUUAUACACCCCUUGCACAUCCCUUUUAUGUUAUAUUCGAAUUAUUAAAAUAAACGUUUGGUUAUAUGAUUCAA